GUUAAGUGUACAAUGAUCUACAGUUUUUGAUAGACUUUACAACCUUCAUCGUGUUAAAAUAUAUAUUUGUUAAUAUACAAAAACUAAAAGAUUUGUAAAAAUGGAAUGUUUAAUAGGAGUUCAGUUUAAAGAUUUUGUUCUAGUCGCUGCUGAUAUGACGAACGCAACUUCAAUAAUGGUUAUGAAAAAUGACGAACAUAAAAUUCAUAAAAUAUCAAGUAAACUUGUUAUGGCUAUAUCCGGUGAAAGUGGCGAUGCUACGCAAUUCUCAGAAUAUAUUAGUAAAAAUUUGCAAUUGUAUAAAAUGCGUAAUGGAUAUGAAUUGUCUCCAAAAGCAGCUGCUAAUUUUACUAGAAGAAAUUUAGCAGAUUACUUAAGAUCAAGAUCACCGUAUUUUGUAAAUAUGCUUAUGGCUGGUUAUGAUGAUCAAACAGGACCUGAAUUAUAUUUUAUUGAUUAUUUGGCAUCUUGUGUUAAAGUACCUUAUGCUACGCAUGGUUAUGGUGGUUUCUUUUCGCUUACUAUUUUGGAUAGAUAUUAUAAAAAUAAUUUAUCAGAAAAUGAAGGUUAUGAUUUGCUGAAAAAAUGUAUUCGAGAAAUUCAUAAAAGAUUAAUUGUUAAUCUUCCUAAUUUUAAAGUUCAAAAAAUAUCCAAAAAUGGGAUUUCAGAAUUAUUACCAAUAACAGCUCAGAACUUAGCUAUUGAAAAUGUUGACAGAAUAUGAAUAUUAAGUAUUUUAUUUUAUAUGAAAAUCCACUACAUCUGUAAAAUC